AUGAUUGAAGCCGCAGCCCGUUUACAAAUGCACAACCAGGACAUGGUCAAAUGCAUCAGUUACCUGCGCGCGGAGCGUCAAAAAAUGGCAGACAAAAUAACGAGCCAAGAACAAGAACGCCAAGAGCUGGAGAAGGAAAUAUCUCGUCUACGCCGUCAACUAAGCGAGUUGGACCAGAACUUAGAACAGAAUCGCCAGAAGCUGCAAAAGCAGGAUACCAAACUAGCAGAAGCUGAUAUCGGAUAUGGAAAGCUGGUAGACACGAUGCAAAUUUUACUGAUGUCCGUUAAAAGCGAUAUGAAUGCGGAAAGCGAGACUGAGAAGGAAUAG